AUGCUUCUUACAGGUACUCUUGUUUCUGAUCUGUCUGCUUAUGCUCAAAAAGAUUAUCGUCGUUUCCUCUCUGCUCAUUUACAAUUUCUUACUGAUUUAUGCCAACUUUCCAAGGAUACGAUAAAUAUUUCUAUUCAACGAUUCCUUUCAUCAUUAUUGCUUACAACUGAACUUUUAUCAGAAACAAAUUUUCGUAAACUCAUAAAUGCGACUAUCAAACAGAAUCAAUUAAGUGCCGCAAAAACAUUUAUUCGUCUACUUUCCUUAAUACGAAGUAUUAACGAUGGAAAUGCCAUUAUAUCAACCUAUGGAACAAAUUUCGAGUAUAUUUUCCCUUGGGAAGAUUUGAGUGAGACAUAUGCGCCUACUAGAGCCUUAAUUUAUGAUAACGAAUGUUCAUGUGGAUUAUCUUCAAACUGUACAACUCAAGCAAAUUUCAUUGAAACAAAUUCUUCAAAAAUCAAUCUAAUCAAAGGUUUAAAAAUGGGCUGUAAACCAAUUUAUUCAACUACUACAACUACUACUACUACUACUGUGUACGUAUCAACUAAUAUAACAACCAGCAUUAUGUUUAAUUCAACGACAAAUACGAAAUCAACAACAAGAACUACACAAAAUCCGACUUGCUUGUUAAACUAUCAACGAGUGCCAGUGAAAAGACCGCCUGCUCCUUUAGCUAAUGCAGGAACAUACGCGAUUGCGGACUUCAACGGUGAUGGUUGGGUCGAUGUAGUUUUUUCUGCAGAUUAUUAUUUAUAUGUGCUACUUGGAAUUGGUAUUGGGAUUUUUGAACAAUAUACACGUUUAGAUAUGUUUUUUGGUGAUGUGAGCAGUAUACUUGUUGAUCAUUUUGAUAACGAUAAUACACUCGACCUCGUCGUUACUAGCUAUACACUAAAAACGGCAGAUAUUCUACUUGGUUAUGGCAAUGGACGUUUUAGAAAGACAGCUACAUUCAACACUAGCGCUCGAUAUUAUUCAUUGAAAACAACAGCUGUAGCUGACUUUGACGGUGAUACAUAUUUAGAUAUUGCUGUUACAAAUGCUCUUGACAACACUGUUAGUGUCUUGUUCGGAGAGGGCAACGGAUAUUUUUCAAAUCCAAUAAAAUUUUACACUGGAGUUCAUAGUAAUAUAGGAGAAGUUGCUGUCGCUGACUUAAAUUGUGAUGGUCAUCAGGAUAUCGCUGUCGUUAAUGUAUUCGGUCGAAAUAUUGGUAUAUUUCUUAAUUAUGGCAAUGGCACUUUUCAAGCACAAAAGACAUCUUUCACUGGCGGUCGUUACGAUCCAUAUCGUUUCGUUAUCGCUGAUUUUAAUAGCGACCUUUUUCCAGAUAUCGUUGUCACCUACCGUGAUCAAAAUUUCAUUAAAGUGAUUUUUGGAUAUGGUAAUGCAACUGUGGGUAACAGCAAGAUAUUUCAAUUAGCAAAUUAUACGCUAGAAACCAAGUUAUUUGUCCGUGAUUUCAAUAACGAUCAUUAUCUAGACAUCGGUUUUAACAAUAAUCGCGGCAGUCUGAUAGCUUUAAUUGGAGAUGGGCACGGGAAUUUUGAAAAGCAAACAUUAUUUACGAUGGGACCGAAUUUACCACUAAAAGUGAUCGCUCUUCUUGACUUUAAUAAUGACGGUUAUCAAGAUAUGUUCUGUGUUGAAGGUCGUACUACUAUUGAGACAAUUUUUAUGAGCACAUGUGCAUGA